AUGGGGGUGCUUUCCAAUAAGGUUGAUCCUCAAAACCUUAAUCCUGGUGAUCAUAUUUACUCUUGGAGACAGGCUUACAUCUAUGCACAUCACGGAAUUUAUAUAGGUGAUGGAAUGGUGAUCCACUUCACAAGGGGUGCAGACCAAGAAAUAGGAGCAGGAACUGUCUUAGACCGUCUUCUAUUCAGUUUACCUCCCUCUCAUCCUACAGACACAACAUGCCAAAGAUGUGGCCGCGACCGGACAAGAAAAGAUGGUGUCAUCUCUUCUUGCUUGGACUGUUUUCUCUCUGGUGGUGACCUUUACCUCUUUGAAUAUGGUGUCUCACCAGCAUUCUUUCUAGCCAAAGCUAGAGGUGGUACCUGCACCCUUGCAACUUCCGAUCCAACCGAGCAAGUGCUUCACCGUGCUUUCUUCCUCCUUGAGAACGGGUUCGGUGGCUAUCACGUCUUUAAGAACAACUGUGAGGACUUUGCAAUCUACUGCAAAACUGGCCUGCUUGUAUUCACAAACAUGAGUGUUGGGAGAAGUGGUCAAGCAGCAUCUUGUUUUGCUGCUGCUAGUGCCUUAGUUUCUUCACCACUUCGGUUCAUGACUACAGGUAUCGGUGGUCUAUCGUUGGUUGGUUGUGGCAUGUACUGCGUUAGCCGAUUGGUUUCGGAUAUUGGAGUUCGCCGAGACGUAACUAAAGUUCCGGUGGAGAAGCUUGUAGAUUCAUUGGAUUCACCGGCUAAGAUGACUGAAAUGGCCAAGUUAGACUAAAGAUGGUUGCACAGAAGUAUGUCAGAAAAUAAUGUCAAGUAUGACCAGUGUUCUAAAACUGCCUAAUUUGUCAAACACUUACCAGAUGAAGUUUGCUGUGGUAUCUGCAAUUUUCAACUGUGCAGUUUAAAACUAAUUAAGAUUCUCUCAAAUGAUUAUCAUUGUUUAGCAGGAGUUAACUUAUUUAUUUACUCUUGCCAACA